AUGAAAAACUCGACGGCGACGGCGGCGGCGGCGGCGGCAUCGUGCGGGAGCAACGCAGUUGGCGCUGCAGCGGAUUCUUCUCGGAAACGUCUGUUUAAUCUUCUCGAAGCGAAAUCGAAGGAAAGGACCUUGCGGUUGGUGAUGGCCUUCCGAAACUCAACCCCGCUAGAGCAAGAGGCGUUUGCGCAGGAGAUCGGAGUGAGCCUGCCGAGGGAGGAGCCACAGGGACAGGGGCCGGGGCCACUGACAAGACAAUCGCUCAGCGGCCCAGCGCUGGGGGUGCGGUCACGUGACCGCAGCUACGUCGCCUUGGCCGAUCGCUUGCCGCAGUUGAAUCCCACUGCAGGCAUUACCGCCUUGAUUUCACCGUUUUUGACGGAAACAUCGGUCUCGGCUUCCUUUGAGAAGCAUGCAGAGGACACCGCGGCGUCACACGACGAAAGCCAGAACCAAUCCCGAGCAUCUGCACCCAAUGCUUUUUCCGAAGAUCAAAAUAAAGUCUCAUUAACUUCUAAAGGGGUCAUGACGAAUGCUGACAAGGAAACGUAUGAGGAAUGGAAAGAAGUGGAUUCCCAGGCACAUACUUUCUUUUUCCGCAGUCGUGGUUAUCAGGCCCUGCGCCUAGCUCGUGGUGACGAGAACGCCCCUGUGACUGAGGAUUACACAAAGUCUUCGGUCUUUAAUUUCACCGGUAUUCCCAUCGAUGAGGCCGACUUGUGGGAAUGGUUUGACACUUUGGACGUUGCAAGAAGCGGCACCAUUGGUGUGAUGUCAUUUCUGGAGACCAUCAAGCAGCUAGACCGGGGCUUUGGUGUGAGUCAGAAAGCAGAGGAGCAGUGGGUGCGGGAUGUGGAGGCCCUUGCACCGGACGGACAACUGACGUUUGAGAAGUUUGCGUUUUUGGUUUUGCGUUUGGCCGCGCAAUAA